UGAGAAUACUGAAGAAUGGAACACCGCCUGUUGUAUAAAGGCUCCUGUACUUCAGUACUUGUUUAUAAAAUUGUACAUAAAAUUAUUUUGCAUUUCCUUCUGCAGAUUCUGCAGUGCCUCUCUGUUCAAGGCCUGACAUCUUCUGGAGGCGGCAGUGUUGCUGGCAUGGAUGGAGGAAAUAGUAGCGGAGCUUCAAGAGCAAUUAUCAAAGACAGAUUGAAGACAUUUAAUAUGCAAUUUGAGGAACUCCAUCAAAGACAAUCUCAAUGGACAGUUCCUGACACUGAAUUAAGAGAAUCCCUGAGGCUCGCAGUUGCUGAAGUCUUGCUUCCAGCUUACCGAUCUUUCAUUAAACGCUUCGGGCCCUUGGUUGAGAACGGUAAGAACCCUCAGAAGUACAUCAGAUACAAUCCAGAGGAUCUGGAACAUAUGCUUGGUGAAUUUUUCGAGGGUAAGACCUUAAAUGACCCCAAGCGGUAGACAUCCUAUCCAAUGCUAAUCUAUGUAAUGGGGUUGACAGGCCUCGACUUUUAGUCUUUUAUUAGACAACUAUGGGGUCACUUUCUUGUACAUGAUGUUUCUUCCUUUGCCUGUGAAGGUGGUGCAUAUUGUAAUAUACUGCGUUGUAGAGCUUAUUCAUAGAUUGCCUGUUUUCUUGUAAUAUACUGCUCAGAAAGAGGGCUUUUAGCAGUUCAAAACAUGCCAAUAAUUCCUCUAUUCUGCUUGCAAGCCUUGAUAUUCUUGCAGGAAAUGUAAAUUACUGGCUCUAUUUAUGCAUUUUCUUUUGAAUGUUAUAA